CGGGCCUGUCAGAGGAACAGGAAGACUUCGCUCCGGCCGCGAAACUCCAGUCGCCGCCGCUCAGGGGUUAAAAAGUUAACUUGGAACUUGUCGCAGUCAUGGAAACUAACUUGGGAGACACUGUAGACACUAGUCAACCGUAACACCGACCCGCCGCUUGUGUUGCUGUCACCGAAACAACUCGUGAAAGUGGACUUUUUUUCCUUUCUUUUCCUUUUCUUUUUUUUUGUUUUAGCCCUCGGGUACUUUACCUACGGUAGCAUUAGAAGCUAGCGUAGCUAAAGCUAACGUUAGCUCGGUUAGCGCCGUACAUUUUCCGGACUUAAAACUUCACAUUGUGGAAGCUUCACUUUGUGUUACACGAGGAGACUGGACAGGUGGUGUCCGCAUUUGUACUGUAUUGACGCAACAGGUGGGUUUCAUACUCUCCGUCCCGGGGCUCGGGGGCUGCGCUUUGAAUUUCCCUCCUUCGGUGAAACAGACAGGCGGCGGCUUAGCGAGGGGGGGUUCGCUCGCCGCAGUUGGCUUCCGUCCAAAUCAUUAGCAGCUAUGUGCUAAUUGUGGCUAGUUAGCCAGGGGGAGCAGCACAGGCCCCGGGGAAUCAACAGUUGCCUUCACCCCCCACACACAAGUUAAGACAACACCGUCUCUGUUGUGAGUCGGGAGAUUACCGCCGCCACACUUUUGACAACCGACUCGAGGAGACGCGCUCAGUUGUGAGUAUGGAUCCACACACGGGCAGCUCUGCCUCAGGUGCAGGUCCCAAGAAGGACAAGAAGUCAAAGAAGCACUACGAGGAUGGAGAAGGGAAAAAGAAAUUUACACUUAAACGGCUGAUUCCCGACGAGUUGGAGCGUUUCACCAGCAUGAGGAUAAAAAAGGACAAGGAGAAGCUCGGCCACGUUCCCGGUCAGCGUCACUCUUCAGCUGCAAGCUAUGAGAUCAAUGCUCAGUCCGCCAUGCUGCAUGAUCAUUCUGAUGAAUACGUCCUGGAGCUGUUUGAACAGAUGCUGGUGGAUAUGAAUCUGAAUGGGGAGAAACAGCAGCCUCUGAGAGAGAAAGACAUCAUGAUCAAGCGAGAGAUGGUCUCCCAGUACCUCCACACAUCCAAAGCUGGACAAAACCAAAAGGAGAGCUCCAAAUCAGCCAUGAUGUACAUCCAGGAGUUAAAGUCAGACUACCGAGACACACCGCUGCUGAGCUGUCUGGAAUCUCUGCGAGUCUCGCUCAAUAACAACCCUGUCAGCUGGGUGCAGAACUUUGGAGAUGAGGGUCUGGCCCUGCUGCUGAAUCUUCUCAGAAGACUACAGGAAGAGAAAGACGAGUAUCCAAUGAUGGGAGUGAAAUGCCAACAUGAGAUCAUUCGAUGUCUAAAAGCCUUUAUGAAUAACAAGUAUGGUCUAAAAUCCAUGCUGGAGUCAGAGGAGGGAAUUCCUCUGCUGGUCAGAGCCAUCAACCCAACGGUGCCUCACAUGAUGGUGGAUGCUGUCAAGCUGCUCUCUGCCAUCUCCAUUUUGGAACAUCCUGAGAACCUACAUGAACGUGUGUUGGAAGCCAUUACAGAAGAGGCUGAGAAACGGGAUAUUGAGAGGUUUCAGCCUCUUAUUGCUGGCAUGAACAAGCACAACAUUGCUCUCAAGGGUGGCUGCAUGCAGCUAAUCAACGCCUUGAUCAGCAGAGGAGAAGAGUUGGACUUCAGGAUCCAUAUUCGCUCUGAGCUGCUAAGACUGGGACUCAGAGACCUGCUGACGGAGGUGCGGACGAUAGAAAAUGAAGAGCUGAGGGUGCAACUUACGGUGUUUGAUGAGCAGGCUGAAGAUGACUCCGAGGACCUCAAAGUACGUCUUGAUGACAUCCGCAUCGAGAUGGAUGAUGUGAGGGAAGUGUUUGAGAUCGUGGUCAACACUGUGAAGGACUCCAAAGCCGAAACCCACUUCCUGUCCUUGAUGCAGCAUCUUCUGCUGAUCCGUAAUGACUAUUUGGCCAGGCCUCAAUACUACAAGUUGAUGGACGAGUGUAUCGCUCAGAUCGUGCUUCACAGGAACGGAGCUGACCCUGACUUCAAGUGUCGUAACUUAAGCAUCAACAUUGAAGGAAUGAUAGACAACAUGGUGGACCAGACCAAGGUGGAAACCAGUGAGGCCAAAGCCACAGAGCUGGGGAAGAAGCUGGAUGCAGAGUUGACGGCACGCCACGAGUUGCAGGUAGAGCUGAAGAAGCUGGAGGGUGACUAUGAGCAGAAGCUGCUGGACCUGAGCCAAGAGAAGGAACAGCUGGCUUCCUCCAAGCAGGAGCGAGAAAAAGAGAACCAGGGACUACAACAACAGCUAAGCACUCUGAAACAGCAGAUUGAAAAGAUGUCGCAGGAUCUGGAAGAGGCCAAGACUAAAGUUGUCACGGUUACUGUUCCUGUGCCAACACCUGGUUUUCCCCCUCCACCACCCGCCCCUCCUCUCCCUGGCCAGAGUGUUGGCAUGCCCCCUCCACCUCCACCUCCGCCCCUACCAGGCCACGCAGCCCUACCUUUUCCCCUGCCCCCACCCCCUCCUCCUUUACCAGGUCAAACCAAUAUUCCUCUUCCUCCACCACCACCUCCUUUACCUGGAAUGCCAGGACCUCCACCACCCCCGCCCCUUCCUGGCAUGCCAGGACCGCCACCUCCUCCACCCCUACCAGGGAUGGGACCUCCACCACCACCGCCACCACCUGGGGGUCCCGGUAUCCCUCCUCCACCACCGGGCCCAGGCAUGCCUCCACCCCCUCCAUUUGGCAUGGGAGGCUGGGUUGCCCCUGCACCACCUCCCCUGCCUUUUGGGCUCAAACCUAAGAAGGAGUACAAGCCUGAGGUCCAGAUGAAAAGAGCCAACUGGAGCAAGAUCGGACCAGAAGACCUCAAGGAGAGCAGUUUCUGGACCAAGGCAAAAGAGGAUACAUUUGAAAACAAUGAGCUCUUCGCCAAAAUCACCCUGUCCUUCUCGCAGACAAAGACCACUAAAGCCAAAAAGGAGCAGGAUGGUGGAGACGAGAAGAAGCAGGUGCAGAAGAAGAAAGUGAAGGAGCUAAAGGUCAUUGAUUCAAAGUCAUCACAGAACCUCUCCAUUUUCCUGGGAUCGUUCCGCAUCCCGUAUGAACAGAUCAAGAAUGCCAUCCUGGAGGUCAAUGAGAACAUUCUGACAGAGUCCAUGGUUCAGAACCUGAUCAAACAACUGCCAGCAGCAGACCAGUUGAGUGUCCUGGGAGAGAUGAAGGAUGAAUAUGAUGACUUGGCUGAGGCCGAACAGUUUGGAGUAGUGAUGUCCACCGUGAAGCGACUGAUGCCACGGCUUCAGGCCAUCCUGUUCAAGCUGCAGUUUGAGGAGCAGCUGAACAACAUCAAGCCAGAUGUGGUGUCGGUGACGGCAGCCUGCGAGGAGCUCAGGCAAAGCCAGAACUUCUCCACGCUGCUGCAGAUCAUCCUUCUUGUUGGGAACUAUAUGAAUGCAGGCUCUCGAAAUGGAAAGGCAUUCGGUUUCUCCAUAUCAUACCUGUGCAAGCUACGUGACACCAAGUCUGCUGAUCUGAAGCAGACGCUGCUCCACUUCCUCGCCGAUGUUUGCCAGGAGCAGUAUCCUGAUAUCAUGAGCUUUCCAGAUGAGCUCAUCCAUGUGGAAAAGGCCAGCAGAGUUUCUGCAGAGACAAUUCAGAAGAACCUAGAACUGAUGGGCCGGCAGAUCAAGAACAUUGAGAAGGAUCUGGAAACUUUUCCUCCUCCACAAAAUGACAAGGACCUGUUUGCUGAAAAGAUGUCCAAGUUUGUGGUCAGUGCCCAUGAGCAGCAUGAGAAGCUCGAUCUGAUGCACAAGAAUAUGGAGAAGCAGUAUGCUGACCUGGGUGACUACUUUGUCUUUGACCCAAGAAAAAUGUCUGUAGAGGAAUUCUAUGGCGACCUCAACAACUUUAAAAACAUGUUCCAGCAAGCGGUGAAGGAGAAUCAGAAGAGGAAGGAGGCUGAAGAGAAGAUCAAGAGGGCCAAGCUGGCCAGGGAGAAGGCAGAGAAGGAGAAGGAGGAGAAACAGAAAAGGAACCAGCUCCCUGACAUCAACACAGAGGGUGAUGAAACUGGUAUCAUGGAUGGCCUGUUGGAGGCGCUGCAGUCCGGCGCUGCUUUCAGGAGAAAGAGAGGACCUCGGCAAGCAGCCAACCACAGACGAGCUGGUCAUGCAGUGACCAACAUCCUGGCCAAAGAGCUGAUGCAGGAGGACGCGCCUUCGUCGAGUAAAGUUCCCACAAAGAAGACCAAGACCGAGGAGAAAGAGGAGCCCAAGCCAGAAGGGGCCGAGUCGCUGGAGGACUUACUGGAGGCUGCUCCCCGACGGUCUAAUUAGGCAACACAUGCAGGAAGUUUUUACUCGGGUGAUAUGCAAACAACGAUUUAUUUCUUAGGCAUUCCAGGGGCAAAUAUCAACCUGAGAUAAGUUUACUGAAAAAAAAGGCCCGUGUUUUUUCCAACCUUUGUCUUAACAGGACCAUCUUUUAGGGUUUAGCUCUGGCUGUGUGGACGGGGAAAGGCAGAUAUCUGAAAGAGGCCAAUAUCAUAAUCUUAAAUUGCUUUCUUCAGCAUGUGCACAUAUCUGUUUCUGUAUGUAUUUAGUAUUUUUCCUGUAUUUCUGCAUCAUCUAAUUCACCUGUCAUUUAUCAAAGGGCAUCUUGAGGAAUUCCAAAGACUUACUCACGAGGGAUCCACCCUUCUUUUUUUUCCUGUGGUCAUUUCCAAAUUUAGACUGGGAACGUCUGGAAUGUGACUCAUCCUGCGGGUGCUUCAGAGUUUUCUCUGGAUGUUUCAGCCACAACCAGUUUUUUUUUGUUUAUCUAUGGAACAUACUAUGUUAUAUCUGUCUAAUAUACUGUAUGUUACUGUUUGUAAAUGUUAACCAUGUUGCUGUACUAUUGAAAAAAAAAGUGCCAAGCAAUAGAAAUCCAGUCUUUGUUAAUUCACCUCCUGGUUUUGUCGAGGCACAGUUUGCACCGAGGUGGUGUGUGGACCAGUCAAACAGUAGUCAUCACCCGGGUGUUUCGGUGUUUCUUAUCUUUAUUUCUGUUUUGUUCACUUGUUUUGCAUGUAUGGGUCAGAUUUGAUGUAAAUAUGGAGAUCAUUUACAUAAACCUGUCUAAAGAUGUGUUGCCACACAUGUCCACAGCAUUUAUACGGAGAAAACCUUUCAUCGUGAACAUGAACAUUCUCACAAACCCCCAGAGGGAAGUAAAGUUAGAGGACACGGUUCUUCCUCAGUCAAUUAAACCAAAAAAAUCUCUAAAAAGGGUGUUUCCAUACAAAACCUAGAGUACUUUAUAUGCCUGUGUGUAUGAGUGUCUGUGUUUAGUAAGCCGCCUAUAUUUAGUCCUGUGUGCACAAAUUGACUCCCUACAAGUGUCUGUGUUUGUGCAUGUAGGUUUGAGUGUGCGCGUGUGCUGCCAUCUGUAAUUACUGUACGGUCCCGACCAUGCUGUCAUAAAUGCUAGGUUUCAUAAGCAGCUUUGUGGUCUUUCUGCUGAGGAUAUAGCACACUGGAAAACUGCCCAAAAACUGCUGAGACGAGUACGUGUGUGUGUGUGUGUGUGUGUGUGUGUGUGUGUGUGUGUGUGUGUGUGUGUGUGUGUGUGUGUGUGUGUGUGUGUGUGUGUGUGUGUGUGUGUGUGUGUGUGUGUGUGUGUGUGUGUGUGUGUGUGUGUGUGUGUGUGUGUGUGUGUGUGUGUGUGUGUGUGUGUGUGUGUGUGUUCACCCACUUUCCCUCCCACUGAACUGCAGCACUAGUCGCUGACUGUCUGGCCUUGCUUCUGUUGGUAUUCAGCAGGCACCAGCAAACAUGUUGCCAUGAUGUGGUGGUGUUACAUCUGACAGGAAUCCUGAGAUAUGAUGUCAACUGCUCCAUGCAAUAUGUAUUCCUAUGCAAACAACCCUGUGGCGUGCUCUCUCGCCCCGACACCAAGCCAACCUCAGGAUGUAAAAACCACAAUGGCCUUUAACAACCCACUGACUCGAGAUCAGUGCUCAACGUUGCACUGGAGAAAUCUCGAUGGCCCCAAAAGUUGUGAAUUUCAGGAAUUAAAUAAAAAUGUUCUCAUCACCACCAGCCAUUGCAAGACAUCUUCCGUAUAUACAUUUGAAUGUCGUUGGACAUGGAGGAACUGGCACUUAACAUAAAACUAAAUUAGGUUCUUUGUUCUGAUCUUCUGCUCUAAUCCAGUAAUGAUGCAAAUAAUCUGGUGCAAAAUGCCCAAUCGACUGCUGCGGCUGCACUCAAGCACAAAAUAUGUCGUAGUUUCAACCAGAGACACGACUGCUGUUUCAUCGUCGAUAGUGAUAUUCUGCCCGUCUGAUCAGGUGGACAGUGCCAGGUGACUGUGCACCAGAUACCAGCUGUUUGAGGAGAAAAGGAUAUCAGCAUAACAUCACUGGAAUAUUUGUUGUUGUUUUUUAAUUUGCAUCAUUCCUUUUGCUCCUAAAUUCUUUUUUUAAGAAUAUGUUUUUCUUUGUGAAUUUUUACAAGUGAUUGUUUUAAUGUAUUUGAGUGGAGACAAUUUUUUUUCUCAGCUUUCUCUAUGUACACAGAAUAAUGCACAUAGUCAUUCUGUUUGCUACACAAAACUAUUAAAAUGUCUUAAUUUAG